AUGGGACUAUUUGGCAAGACAGUUCCAAAAACUGCAGAAAAUUUCCGCGCACUGUGCACUGGGGAAAAGGGUAUUGGAAAGAGUGGGAAACCUCUUCACUACAAGGGGAGUGCGUUCCACAGGAUUAUUCCCAGCUUUAUGAUUCAAGGAGGUGAUUUUACACUUGGUGAUGGAAGAGGGGGAGAAUCAAUUUACGGGGAGAAAUUUGCUGAUGAGAAUUUCAAGUUGAAGCAUACUGGACCUGGUAGGUGA